GGAGUUUCCUCAGCCCGCGGCCGCUGACACAGGAACUCCCAACCCGUCCUGCUCGCCCGGCUGCGACUCGCGUCCGCGCGGGGAAGACGCAGCAGAACCACCCCGCGAAGUUUCCGUGGGCGCUCGGACGCAGGGCUGCGCUCAGAAUUGCGCCAUGGCGUCCACGGUGACUCUGGAGGAUGCCCUCUCGAAUGUGGAUCUGCUGGAGGAGCUGCCCCUCCCUGAUCAGCAGCCAUGCAUCGAGCCCCUGCCCUCCUCUAUCAUGUACCAGCCCAACUUCAACACCAACUUUGAGGACCGUAAUGCUUUUGUCACUGGCAUUGCCCGUUACAUUGAACAAGCCACGGUCCACUCCAGCAUGAAUGAGAUGCUGGAGGAGGGUCAAGAGUAUGCUGUGAUGUUAUACACUUGGAGAAGCUGCUCCCGGGCAAUCCCGCAGGUCAAGUGCAAUGAGCAACCGAAUAGAGUGGAGAUAUAUGAGAAGACCGUGGAAGUUCUGGAGCCGGAGGUCACAAAGCUCAUGAACUUCAUGUAUUUCCAGCGCACUGCCAUUGACCGCUUCUGUGGGGAGGUGCGACGACUGUGUCACGCCGAGCGGCGGAAGGACUUUGUGUCUGAGGCUUACCUGCUCACCCUUGGAAAGUUCAUCAACAUGUUUGCAGUGCUGGAUGAGUUGAAAAACAUGAAGUGCAGUGUGAAGAAUGACCACUCUGCCUAUAAGAGAGCUGCUCAGUUCCUGAGGAAGAUGUCUGAGCCUCAGUCCAUCCAGGAGUCCCAGAACCUGUCCAUGUUUCUGGCCAACCACAACAAAAUCACCCAGUCUCUGCAGCAGCAGUUGGAGGUGAUCAAUGGUUACGAUGAGCUUCUAGCAGACAUUGUGAACUUGUGUGUGGACUACUAUGAGAACAAGAUGUACCUCACUCCCAACGAAAAGCACAUGCUGCUCAAAGUGAUGGGCUUUGGCUUAUACCUGAUGGAUGGGACCAACAGCAACAUCUACAAACUGGAUACCAAGAAAAGGAUAAAUCUGACUAAAAUUGAUAAGUUUUUCAAGCAACUCCAGGUGGUGCCCCUCUUUGGGGACAUGCAGAUUGAGCUAUCGCGUUACAUCAAAAACAGUGCCCAUUUUGAGGAGAACAAAUCCAGGUGGUCCUGCACAUCCCCAGGCAGCAGUCCUCAGUACAAUAUCUGUGAACAGAUGAUCCAGAUUCGAGAUGACCACAUGCGCUUCAUCUCUGAGCUGGCACGCUACAGCAACAGUGAGGUGGUGACGGGGUCCGGACGCCAGGAAUCACAGAAGACGGAUGCCGAGUACAGGAAGCUGUUUGACCUGUCUCUCCAAGGCCUGCAGCUCCUGUCCCAGUGGAGUGCACAUGUCAUGGAGGUGUACUCUUGGAAGCUGGUGCACCCCACAGACAAGUACUCCAACAAAGAGUGCCCCGACAAUGCGGAGGAGUAUGAAAGAGCCACCCGAUACAACUACACCAGCGAGGAGAAGUUUGCCUUGGUAGAGGUCAUUGCCAUGAUAAAAGGCUUGCAGGUGCUCAUGGGCCGUAUGGAGAGUGUCUUCAACCACGCUAUCCGCCACACCAUCUAUGCUGCUCUGCAGGACUUUGCCCAGGUCACCCUGCGGGAACCCCUGCGGCAGGCCAUCAAAAAAAAGAAGAAUGUAAUCCAAAGCGUUCUCCAGGCUAUCAGGAAAACCAUCUGUGACUGGGAGACCGGACGUGAGCCGCACAACGACCCUGCUCUUCGUGGAGAGAAAGACCCCAAGGGUGGCUUUGAUAUCAAAGUGCCUCGUCGUGCCGUGGGACCUUCAAGCACACAGCUGUACAUGGUCAGAACUAUGUUGGAGUCCCUCAUCGCAGAUAAGAGUGGUGCCAAAAAGACUCUUAGGAGCAGCCUGGAGGGACCCACUAUCUUGGACAUAGAGAAGUUCCACCGGGAAUCCUUCUUCUACACUCAUUUGCUCAAUUUCAGUGAGACACUACAGCAGUGCUGUGACCUGUCCCAGCUGUGGUUCCGAGAAUUUUUCCUGGAGCUCACCAUGGGCCGCAGGAUCCAGUUCCCCAUUGAGAUGUCCAUGCCCUGGAUCCUCACCGACCACAUCCUAGAGACCAAGGAGGCCUCCAUGAUGGAAUAUGUUCUGUAUCCACUGGAUCUGUACAAUGACAGUGCACAUUAUGCCUUGACCAAGUUCAAGAAACAGUUCCUUUAUGAUGAGAUUGAAGCGGAGGUGAACCUGUGCUUUGACCAGUUUGUCUACAAACUUGCAGACCAAAUAUUUGCCUACUACAAGAUUCUAGCAGGAAGUCUGCUGCUUGAUAAGCGUUUACGAACAGAGUGCAAGAACCAGGGUGCUAACAUUCCCUGGCCAUCCUCGAACCGCUAUGAGACCCUGCUGAAACAGAGGCAUGUCCAGCUCCUUGGCCGUUCCAUUGACCUGAAUAGGCUGAUCACUCAGAGGGUGUCAGCAGCCAUGUACAAGUCACUGGAGCUUGCCAUCAGCCGGUUCGAGAGUGAGGACCUGACCUCCAUCAUGGAGCUCGAUGGUCUGCUGGAGGUCAACCGCAUGACUCACAAGCUCUUGAGCAAAUACCUUACUCUGGACAGCAUGGACGCCAUGUUUCGUGAGGCUAAUCACAAUGUCUCUGCACCUUAUGGCCGCAUCACACUGCAUGUCUUCUGGGAACUCAAUUACGACUUCCUGCCAAACUACUGCUACAAUGGCUCCACCAACAGGUUUGUCCGCACCGUCCUGCCCUUUUCUCAGGAGUUUCAGAGGGACAAGCCACCAAAUGCUCAACCACAGUACUUGUAUGGGUCCAAGGCCUUGAAUCUGGCCUACAGCAGUAUAUUCGGCUUUUGCCGCAACUUCCUGGGGCCCCCCCACUUCAAGGCCAUGUGCCGGCUGCUGGGCUAUCAGGGCAUUGCCGUGGUGAUGGAGGAGCUGCUGAAGGUUGUCAAGAGCCUGCUCCAGGGCACCAUCCUGCAGUAUGUCAAGACCCUGAUGGAGGUUAUGCCGAAGAUUUGCCGCUUGCCUCGACAUGAGUAUGGCUCUCCGGGCAUUCUAGAAUUCUUUCACCACCAGCUUAAGGACAUUGUGGAGUAUGCCGAGUUGAAGACGGUGUGCUUUCAGAACCUGCGAGAAGUGGGCAAUGCCAUACUCUUCUGUCUGCUGAGCGAGCAGAGCUUGUCUCAGGAAGAAGUGUGUGACCUCCUACAUGCUGCACCUUUCCAGAACAUUCUCCCAAGGGUCCAUGUCAAAGAGGGCGAGCGUUUGGAUGCCAAGAUGAAACGCCUAGAGACCAAGUAUGCGGCCCUGCACCUGGUCCCUCUGAUCGAGCGCUUGGGCACACCCCAGCAAAUUGCCAUUGCAAGAGAAGGUGACCUGCUGACCAAGGAGCGUCUCUGCUGUGGUCUGUCCAUGUUUGAGGUCAUCUUGACCCGUGUGCGCGGCUUCCUGGAUGACCCUAUAUGGCGCGGGCCGCUGCCCAGCAACGGUGUGAUGCAUGUGGACGAGUGCGUGGAGUUCCACCGGCUUUGGAGUGCUAUGCAGUUUGUGUACUGCAUCCCAGUUGGUGCACACGAGUUCACAGUGGAGCAGUGCUUUGGGGACGGGUUGCACUGGGCCGGCUGCAUGAUCAUCACUCUGCUGGGGCAGCAGAGGCGCUUUGACAUCUUGGACUUCAGCUACCACCUGCUCAAAGUACAGAAGCAUGAUGGCAAGGAUGAGGUCAUCAAGAGUGUACCUCUGAAAAAGAUGGUGGACCGCAUUCGUAAAUUCCAGGUGAUCAAUGAUGAAAUCUUUGCCAUCUUGAGCAAGUACCUGAAAUCGGGGGAUGGGGAGAACAUGCCAGUGGAACACGUUCGCUGCUUCCAGCCACCCAUUCACCAGUCACUGGCCAGUAACUGAGAUUCCAGCUCCAAGUACUCCAGUGUGUAGUUAGUAUAGCUAUGAAAACUUCCAUACAACCAGCAUCAAAGAACCCUGCCAUCAGCUGGCAGGCUGGAUUCAAUAUUCCAACCCUUUAUUGGUCAGUUGCUUUUCAGCAGGUGACAAAGCAUCCUCUGAUUGGCUGUUUGAGAAGCAGAAGGGCCAGUGAAUGGAUGAUGCAGAAUUUGAUAACACUGGCAGCUGUUUACCAAAAAAGCUCAUCCUUAUGGCCUUUGGAGAAUGAUUUUGUAAACUUUUGUGCCUUAAAAACUUAUUCUAUGACUGUUUAACAUUUUAUUAGAGUACUACCAUACUUCUGUUUUUGAUAUGUGGGAAAUGGUAAGGGACUGCAAAUGCAUUUUUUUAAAAUAAAAUGAUUAUUUAAGGCUUAUGCAGUGAAUGUGCUACCGCAUGAAAUGGGUUUGCCAAUAGGGAAUAUUCUUAAUGCUGUUGAAUGCAUGCUAGUUUUCUAUUCUACAACCUUUAUUCUGGUAACAUUUAAUCUCUUUAUCACCAUAUUUCUUGUGACUUUUGUAUUUGAGCUCUUGUAACCUCAUUUCAAAUUAAAUAAAUGA